UGAUGAGGCAAGGGAACGCUAUUAAGCCCCGGCAGUGACAGCUGGAGAAGCGGUUGAUUCCCGUGCGCAUCCGUUUGGGACCUGGCGCCAGACGAAAAUCUGCACCCUCCUCCACUCGACCUGGGGCUCCGACACCGCCGUCGCGUGGUGGCAGGGCUCGGGCCUAGGGCGAGCUGGUGCAGCGAGACGCCUCGAGUAGUAUUGAAGAAAAUCAUCAGGACUGCCAGGGUAGUAUGGAACUACCCGUAGCAGCCCAGGGCGACCGGUUCCAGGCUGUUACAGUGAAGGUCACUCGUUGCCACCACAGCACGCCCAACCCCACCGAGGCUGCCCUGGCUGCUGAAGGUAGCAAGCCACCAACCGCCAGCGCUCGUCCGGUGACCUCACUGCCUGUCAAUGGACAUCAAUCCUCCCCGCUGUAAAGUCGUCCAUCUAUCAACCUGACGCCAAUAACGUCACACGAGCCUGCGCCCUGCCUUCAGCACCACAAGACGUCGUCGCCAAUAGCCCUUUCGUCUCGUCAAUCCCAUCGCGCGAUAUCCGUUCCCCGUGGAACGUCCUCACAUCGUCCGUCGCCAUGACUUUUUCUACCGAGAUCCAUACCUUCCACUCGGGCAAGCCCCAGCCCGCCUCGUCAGGAUCCUCAACCUUCACCUCGGUCGACCCUAGCACCGCAAAGCCCCUCGCCACCAUCUACACCACCACCCGCUCCCAGCUCGACGACGCCGUCUCCUCCGCCGCCGCUGCGUUCCCUAACUGGGCUGGCACCCCGGCCCCGCGCCGCGCUGCAAUCCUCCUCCGCGCCGCCGGCAUCCUGCGCGAGCGCAACGACGAGCUCGCCCUCACCGAGACGCUCGACACGGGCAAGGCCCUCUCCGAGACCACCACCGUCGACGUCGUCACAGGCGCUGAUGUCCUAGAGUACUACGCCCAUUUCGUCGCCGGGAGCAGCCCUGGCCAACACACGCGCCUGCGCGACGACGCCUUCGUCCUCACCACCCACGAGCCUCUCGGCGUUUGCGCCGGCAUCGGGGCCUGGAACUAUCCCAUCCAGAUCGCCUUGUGGAAGUCGGCCCCCUGCCUAGCCGCUGGCAACUGCAUGGUCUACAAGCCCAGUGAGGUGACGCCCCUGCACGCCAACACGCUCGCCCAGAUCUACAUCGAGGCCGGCGUGCCUCCGGGCGUUUUCAAUGUCGUCUACGGCGACGGGCCCGCCGUUGGCGCGCCCCUUGUCGCCCAUCCGGGCAUCGCAAAGGUCAGCUUCACCGGCCAGGUGAGCACCGGCAGCAAGGUCGCCAGCCAGGCUGCCAAGGACAUGAAGGCCGUCACCAUGGAGCUGGGAGGCAAGAGCCCCGUCGUCGUCCUGCCCGACGCCGAUGUCGACGAGGCCGCCGACGUGGCCAUGGCGGCGAACUUUUUUUCCACGGGCCAAGUUUGCACCAACGGUACCCGCGUCUUCGUCCCCGACGCGAUGCUGUCGCAUGUCGAGGAAGCUCUGGUCAAGCGCUGCCGCGAGGGUAUCCGCAUGGGCCUGCCGCGCGACCAGAAGACCAACUUUGGCCCCGUUGUCAGCGCCGCCCAGCGCGACAAGGUCAACAUGUACAUCAAGCACGGGCGCGAGGUCGACCGCGCGCGCGUCUUGUACGAUGGCAGCAAGGAGGCGCAGAGCGAGCGGCCCACGGCUGACGGUUACUGGGUGCCGCCCGUCAUCUUCUCCGACUGCACCGACGAUAUGCGUAUCGCCACCGAGGAGAUCUUCGGGCCGGUCAUGUGCGUCCUACCCUACGCGACCAAGGGCGACGGCUGGAAGGCCGAGCUGAUCCGGAGGGCCAACAACACUGCCAUGGGGCUGGCCGCGGGCGUCGUCUCGUCCGACGUCGGCGCCGCCCAGGACGUGGUGCGGCAGCUUGAAGCGGGCAUCACCUGGAUCAACACAUGGGGCGAGUCGCCUGCGGAGAUGCCCGUCGGCGGUUGGAAGAUGAGCGGCAUCGGGCUGGAAAAUGGCCACGAGGGCAUCCAGGCGUACAUGCGGACCAAGAGCACGCUGGUGCAGUUGGGCAAGGGCGCCUGCAAGGGGCUGUUUGCGAAGCUGUAGGGUAGGUGCUCGAUCCGAGCACGCGAGGGACUAACUGAUGGGAAUGUACAUAUAUCUACUUGUUGCAUCACAGCGUCUGGAAAAGAAUCAAAGGUGACCUUUCUUGGAUAUUAUUGUCGUUCAAGUUACUGCGUACUUGUUGCGUGUUGAUGUUGUGUGGUUGAUGCAGCCGUUGCUGUCUCGUGUCACGUACAUUGUAGUUUGGGUGCUGUCAAUUCUUAUCGCCC